AUGGAUUUCACACGUAUCCGACACCUUCAUAUCAACAAUGUCAGAACCCUGCGGAACAAUCCUCUCGCUGAGAUAUCCGGUUCACUCGGAGAUCUUGGGACUCUGUUACCUCUCAUGAUUGCCUUAGCGGUUGGGAAUUCUAUAUCACUUUCAAGUACACUUGUCUUUUCAGGGCUUUGGAAUAUAUUGACUGGGGUUUGUUUUGGGAUACCUUUGCCUGUUCAACCUAUGAAGGCUAUUGCUGCUGUGGCCAUAUCUAGGAGAUUCACAAUCGAGGAAACUGUUUCGGCGGGUUUCGUCACCGCUGGUGUUGUUUUCAUUUUUAGUGCUACGGGCCUUCUAAGAUGGUUCACUCGCGCCAUUCCAACACCAGUCGUCAAAGGCAUACAAGUUGGCGCAGGCCUUAGUCUUGUGCUAUCGGCGGGAUCUGGUCUAUUAUCACAUUUAGAUUGGGACACACCUAAUUGGAGAGAUAACCUGACCUGGGCGAUUUUUGCAUUUCUCGCUCUUCUCUCGACACAGAGAUUUCCCCAGAUACCAUAUGCCCUUAUCAUAUUUGUCCUGGGGCUUGUUAUAUCGUUUUUCUUGACUGGAAUGGACGAUUUACCGACAUUUCGCAUAUGGCGCCCAGCAGUAUAUGUUCCUUUGUGGCGAGAUUUUCAACUAGGUGGUUUUGACGCUGGCUUUGGCCAAAUCCCACUCACGACACUUAACUCUGUGAUAGCCGUCUCAUAUCUCUCAGCCGAUCUUCUUCCUCACAUACCAACUCCAGGAGUCACUUCUAUUGGGUUCAGUGUAGCUCUCAUGAAUCUGAUUGGGGGCUGGUUCGGUGCAAUGCCUGUAUGUCACGGCUCGGGUGGUCUAGCUGCCCAGUAUCGAUUUGGUGCUCGCAGUGGAGCGAGUGUCAUUAUUCUUGGAAUAUUCAAGAUGGUACUUGGAUUCACACUUGGUGAAUCGCUUGUAGACCUCUUGAAAAUGUACCCCAAGGCUCUAUUAGGCGUUAUGGUGCUAGCUGCAGGGCUGGAGCUUGCGAAGGUCGGCGAAAGUCUCAAUCAUGGCGCUCGUGAUCUUUGGGAAGUUUCAGAGUCAUCAAGUACUCAUGGAACGUUUUCGGCACAAGAUGGCCCAAAACACCAUCGGAUACUAUCAGAUGAAGAACGAAUGGAGAGAUGGACGGUGAUGUUCAUGACAGUUGGGGGACUUUUAGCGUUCAGAAACGAUGGUAUCGGUUUCAUAGCUGGUAUGAUGUGCCACUUUGCCUACCGGUUUGACGCUACAUCCUUGAGCUGGCUCAGUCCUCUAAGGAGGAGGCGAAACCAGCAGGAAGAUCGCGCAGGUGAUAGAAUUUCGUCUGUAGACGAAGAAGAACAACAGCGGUUGUUGAACAACACCAAUGUAUAA